CUUCCUUCCUUCUUUCCUUCCUUUUCUCUUUCUUUCCUCCUUCCCUCCAUCAUGGGCCUUUGUGGGACCCUGGCCUCUCUUUUGGGGGGAUUCUUCUCCCUAUUUGCCCUCCUUGGCUCCCUUUGGAUGGACUGCUGGCAGGUGAACAGCAAGGGCUCGGUGGGUCUCUCCUUGCGCUGCCGGGGUCUUUGGGGGGAAUGCGUCUGGGACAAGUUCGUCAAGAUCUGGACCUGCGAUGUCUUUGGAUCCUACCUGAACCCACAGCCAGAGGCCAUCCUGGUCACCCGGAUUGCGGUCAUCGUAUCGGUCAUUGCUGCCGCAGCGGCUUUGCUGUGCCUCGUCGGCGGGUGCCAAUACUUCCAAUGUUUAUGGGCCGGCAUUGCAAAGCAGCGUUGCCUUAUCUCCUUUGUGGCCCUCUCCCUCUUGGUCUCCCUGAAAAUCCCCGGCUUCCCCAGUUUCGAAUACGGCGCUUCGCUGUGGCUCGCCAUGGCCGGGAACCUGUCUGCUUUCUUCGCCGCCGGCGCGUCGUACUUGGAAAUGGCCUCUGGCGCUACGUCUCCCAGUGCGAGUCCGGGCAAGCUGCUUCCUGGGAACACCGCUUGCACUUACGUCUGA